AUGAUGCCCCGCAGCACGCUCCCCUUCCCAUAAUGCCCCGCGGAGAGCACGUCGGUGACGUCACAUCCGGCGCGGCCCGCCAUGCUGCGGGCGCUGAGGCGGUGCCGGUGGGGCCCGGGCCCAGGCCCCGGUCCCGGUUCCGGUCCCGGUUCCGGUUCGGGUCCGUGCUGGGGCCCGCGGCUCGUCCCGUUCCGGGGCCGCAAGACGCGGCAGGACCCCCCCGCCAAGUCCAAGGCGUCGCGGGUGAAGGUGCCGCCGGCCGUGGACCCCGAGGAGCUGGUGGUGAUCACCGAGCGGUACCGGCAGCACCGCCUGGUGCUCGGAGCGCUCCGGGCCGAGUUCAAGGCCGAGGUGCUGCAGAAGAAGCGGGCGGCCCUGCUCAGCCACGAGGACUCGGCCCGGCUGCUGCAGGAGCACCAGCGCCUCAUGGCCUGGAACCAGGAGGAGAACGCGCGGCAGCGGGCGCGCAGGGAGGAAAGACUUAGGAAAGAAGAGGAAGAGGAGAGGAGGCAGAAGCUGAAGGCUGCUGAAACCCAAGCCAGGAAAAGGGAAGCUUUCCUGAAGGAGAGGGAGAAGGAAGUUCUCCGGCUCCAGGAAGAAGCCAAAACCUUCGUCACCCUGGAGAACCUGGAUGCCCGGAUCGAGGAAUGCCUGGACAAUCCCCGCAACUACAACUUUGCCGUCGACAAGGAAGGGCGGAUUGUCAAGCGGACGGUGUUGUCCUAACAGCUCCACUUAGGAGCCAGUUCCUUCCCUUCGAACGGAUAAAUCCACCUGGAAGUGGUGGAGAGCA